CCAGGGCUGUCAGCAAUUGUUCGUGUCUGUUCAUUGUCAGUGCUUUCGGCAGUUGGAAGAGAGCUGAAGUUGGCCUAAGAAAAUAUUAAAAUUCAACGUGUACAACAUGAGCCAGGUCCAGGAUGCAGUGACUGGACUGAUAAUCAAGGCACAGAAGCUUUCUGGUGACUUCAACGAUUUGCUACAGAAGACAACAUGUAUGUUGGCUGACAGUCAAAGUGCGGAACAGAAAUUCAUCGACUGUUGCGGAGUACAUGAUGAUCAAUUACUAAAAAAUCUGGUCAAAUAUUGCACUGACAGUGAGCGCAUCCAGCAGCUGCUUGAGAAUGCCGAGCUAAAGCAAGCCGUGUUCGAGUACCGGGAAGGCGUUCAGCAAAUUAUGCAAAAGUACAAAGAGCACUGCAAGGGAAAUAUGCUUUGCGAGAGAUUUAAUAUGCGCGAAAGAUACAUUGGCAAACUGCAGAACGUUGUUAACAAUCUGGACGCACGCCUGGAGGAGAUGACUGCAAUCAUGAUACACAGUAUUGGUCUGGAGGAGGACAAUAGCAAAGAGAAUCAGCGCAUAAUCCAGCAGCUGACCAAAGACAAUGAAGAGAUGCGCCGCAAGUUACAGAUUUUCUCGAGUUCCACUGACAAGGACUUCUUCAAGCAGGGCCUGCCGUCACAAACUGAGAGCAGCACACAGAUUGAGUCUGGCGAUGUUAUGGACUCGGACACGAGCAGCUCGGAUAGCUUUGGAAGUUUCCUGACUUGUUUCUCGUCCGGCUAUGAAUGUCAGUCGACAGACAACUCGACUAUAAGUGAAAUGGAGGGAGAGCAGCUUCAAUGAGCAGAGACGAAGCAGCAGCAAGGGGCAGUUAGAGUUACUUUGUUUUUAACUUAUUUAUGCUCGACAAUAUAAAC